AAUGAAAAAAAAACGGGUUAAAAAAAAUAUUUGCAUGACGAGUCGGGGUCACCAUAUACGCUUACUAUUCCAGAUGCAAUUCCACACGGACAGGGACCCUGGGGUCGGGAAGUGCGAGAUCGUCGACCCAUGUAGUAGCGCACGCGUGUAUGGUGGCCCCGUCUACGGGCACGGAAGAGGUCCCGCAGAGCAUGCCUACCUUCGGGGGAAGCAAUCUUUACCUGUUCCGGGAGUGGCCAGGACGUGACCAAACUCCAGGCUGGGGGGUACGGGGACUUUCGUUCAACACCGAUGCAUACGUCCGCGGACAUGAUGUCCCGAUUUGCCCCGACUUGUGAUGCAGGCGGUUGGAGAUCAUUUUUAUUGCAUACAAAUUUUAAGUCGUCUUUUGGGGAACGCUCUGCUUUCUCGUACCUAUGGGGAGUCAAGUUUGGUAAUGGAGGCCCUUCAUGAGCGUAUAUGAAAACUCCAUCAUUGAACCGGGAUCGUCAUACGCGGUUUUACGGGAGGUGCGCACUCGAAGAUACAUACACGUAUCUACCACCGAGAGCGCGAGCCAACCGUAGACCGGUGCCCCCGUAUGAGCGCAGGCCCGCAGAGAGGACCCGACGAAGGUGGGCGAGAGGAGAUAGGGACGGAGACGGAGAGAGGAAUCGGAUACGGGUUCGGCUGUUCGGCGGGAGCUCACGAAAGUGUACGAACGCCCGAACAGAGAGGUGAGGUGUGGUGUGAGCGUGACCGUGUUGUUAACAUGAACGUCAUACGUGGUUCUACGGAGCGGUGCGCACUCGGAGAUGUGUCGGAGAUGUAUCUACCACCAAGAGCGCGCGCCCAUCCCAGACCGGUGCUCUCGUAUGAGCGUACCUGACUGUAGAGGGUACGGACACGACGGGAAAAGGAAUCGGAGAGAGGUACGGCUGUUCGGCGGGAGCGCACGAGAGAGUGUACGCGAACGCCCGAACAGAGAGGUGAGGUGAGGUGUGAGCGAGACCGUGUUGUUAACAUGGACGUAAUAGGUCAGUCAGCGAUCGUAUCGUGUAUUACGUGUGACUAGUGUUCUAGUACGAACGAAUGGGAACCUAUUUGGGAACCUCCAGUACGAGGGUAUCGAACCGUGGCUUUGAAUGAGGUGCAAUGCAUUGGGAUGACAUUUGACUACAUUUGGUUGACAUUCGGGUGGCAUCCGAUGUGGUGAGACACCCUUGGUGUCUCCCCCAUAUUGGUAGGGUUGGAAUUUGUACGGAAGGGCACCAGGGGGUGGCUCAUAAAAGAUGCAUCCGAUGUGUUCGGAUGCAUUAUAAUGCAUUUAAACUUGCCAUUUUAUUGCCUGCCUUUGCUAACCAAACGUCUUUCUCCUUUCCUUGCAGACUAAAAUAGUGCCGUUGUACUGACUAUCACAAUAGCAGCAAGGAUGAAUGCCGAAGAAAGGGGGCAGAUAAAGGAGCGGUUCUGGAAACGUGUCCAGAAGGUGAUCGGUCUCGUGCCGCAUCGAGUCAUGGCCUUGCUGGAUAUGUUCGACCUGUCAGCAUCGCAAGUCAUCGCUGAGGCAAGUGUGGAAUGGCCGAAACUCAUCGAAGAUGAAGUCAGAAAUAGUGGUGUCGAAAUUUUCGAUGAUGCCGUAAGCCGAGGGCUCACAAGGUCAAAGUACGAUGUGUUUGGCCGGCAACAGAACGAUCUGGCAACAUUCACUGUGCAUGCCGCUGAAAAGGUUUCGAUCGACAAUGUAGGCAAAUUGAUCCGAAAGUACGGGAUACGCCAAUUCAUCGAGGGCUCACCGGUACUAGCGAGACGGUGCCAAGAAAUUGGUACAGACCAAGUAAAUCCUAUUGCUGACGAUUCGAAGAAAAUGCUUCUAGAGAAGUUGGCCAACUACUACCGUCAGCACGAGGAAUGUGGAGUCGACCCCGACUACUUCGUAGACUUGCCAGUGCUUACCAUUUCAAACACCGGGGACCAAGCGACAGUACGUGUUACGUGCGCAGUAUGCAAGAAAACACGUCCCAUGUGCAAGGGUUCUGGUGGCAAUUGGGUUACGAAUAAUUAUUACCAGCAUGUUCGUACACAUUUACGGGGAGUGGUCCGUAGAAGAGAAGAAGAACUGGCAAGUCUAAGUUCAGAAGAGGACACGGAUAGCGAUGGAGAUGGCGCUCACGGGGAUCGCGCUGUUGGUGGUGGCAGUGGAAGCGUUGAGGAAGCUGAUGUUGGCGGUGGCAGUAGUGUAGCUUCGAGAAACGAUAGCGUUGACGAAGCAGCUGUUGGCGAUGGCAGUGGUGGAGCUUCGAGAAGCGGUAGCAAUGAGGAAGCUGCAAAUGAUGGUGACAGUAGUGAAGCUGCUAUUGUCGAUGGUGAAACUGUUGUUAGCAGUGGCGAUGGUGGACCUGCGGAAAGCGGUAACGAUGGUACAGCUCCUGUUAGCGCUGGCGGUGAUGGAGCUGCUGGUAGCGGUGUAUGUCAACCGAGCAGAAAGUCGGUGGCAGACUUGAUCAAUCAGUAUCAAUACGCCGGCGAAGAACCACGGGACAGUGCAGCCGAAUGUCCUGUGGCAACUUCCAAGGCUUAUAACCUGAUUAAGCUCUAUGAGACCAUCGCAUUUAAGAGUGCAUGCAAGUUACACUACACCGAUGAAGAAAAGGACAUGUCGUUGUAUCGAUACAUAAUGGCUGGGAAGAAGUAUCAUGAGUUCAUGGUUGGGAAUGUUCCCGGCAUAAGCCGAGCUACCCUUCUAAGGCACAUGGACAAACAUACAACGGACAUUAAAGAUGGGGUGAUCGACGCGGCGGGUCUGAAGCGUUACCUGACCGAGAACGGCUAUCCGCUGACGGUGAUGCUUGCGGAGGAUGGGACGAGGGUUACCCCGCGUGCCCAGUACGACGAGCGAACAAACACUUUGACUGGACUAGUAGCUCCGCUUGACCACACGGGACUUCCCAAACGAAACUACUUUGACGCCAGCAAUGCGCAGGAUAUGGCUGACAAGUUGAAAAAUUGCCGACUGGCAAGCACUGCAUACGUUCAACUAGCAGUACCUCUAGAUCCAAAUGCGGCCCCGUACGUGCUGUUCUACAUGGGUACGGACAACAGCUUUACGUAUGCAGAUGUACUCAAGCGUUGGCUUCACACCAUCGACUUGCUGAAGAAGCAUGGCAUCACCGUUUUUGGUAUAGCUUCAGAUGGGGACCCAACUCUCCUGAAGGCAAUGCUCAGCAUCAUGCAAUUGGCAGAUGUACCGUGUGAUGAGCUAGGUGUUAGAUUUCUUUGGAAACUUGUUCAGCGCACCUAUCUGUACCAAGAUAUAACGCACACAGUGAACAAACUAGCGCGCAAGUUGUUCAAUCGCAAACGAGCGUUAAUGAUUGGUACAUCGGUGGCUAGCGUUACCCACCUCGAUGCCCUGUUGGAUAAGGUUUCGAAGGACAAACACGGUCUCACGUACGGUGAUCUUCACCCGACCGACCUCAUGAGCUUUCGACCUACGGAAAAAGUAAUGGAGGAAGCCGUUAUCAACCUGUUGGAGGAACAUGUGCCUGGUAGCGAGGGCACGGUAGUGCUGCUCCGCUACAUGAGCGCUAUAUACCGAGCAUAUACUGAUGUAUCGUUGGCGCCGAUUGAAGCCAUCUCAAUGCUCUGGUACAGUUAA